AUGCAGAUGCAAUCAAUUACAGUAACCGCGAGAAACGGCCAAGUAUCGAAAAUGGAGUACGCAUAUCUCAGAGGCUCGAAAGUGCGGUACUUCAUCAUCCCGGAUAUGUUAAAGAAUGCCCCCUUCUUCAAUAAAGGCAAGAGCGACAUCGCAACUGGAAAGACAGCCGUACUCAGAGGCCAAGUGUCAUCAGCCGCCUCCGAGAGCUCAGUGAUGGUCUCAAUGGUACGCACAUUCGGCACGGGUAUCGUAAAGUUGGUGAUCUUAGAAGACUUUCUGCUCAUCCCCGAACCACCCCGUGCGUUCCAUUGGUACUUCGCAGUCCACCCCUUCAUAUAUUACACAGACUAUGAACCCAAAGCUGUCCAGCAUGUACACUACGACGGGAGCAUGGUUAUAACCACGCCCUUCUCGAACUCGAAUUUUGAUCUGUCGCGCACUUUGAAGGCCGUGAAAGCGAGACAGAUUAGCCGUUGCCUUGACAACACGGCGCCGAUGAAGCACGAACGCGCUAGCUUGGCGACGACACCUAUGGCAGCAAAGAUACUUACAACUACAAGUAUGGCUGACAGGUCGCAGUACUCAAUAACCUCCUCAGAGACAGACCAUUUGUACUUUACCGAGAGUCUGCCAACGAGUAACAAUGCCCCAAACACCAGCAACGUGGACGUCAUGGUAACCGCAUAG